AUGACCCGGGCCAGAGGGCACCUGUCUGUCCGUCCCAGGUCUUCUACCAAGGGCCCGCUGGACCUGGACGACACACCUCUGAAUGACCCGUUGUCGCCCAAGGCUGCCGCUAAGGAAGAAUCGGCGCAGCAGCGCCCGAUAUCUGGCCAACGCUCUCCGGCCAUGCCGCAUUCCCCGACACCGCCUGUGCAGACGGCCGUCACCAAGAACUUUGGCUUUCUCCUACGUCCAGAGAUUUACCACAAUGUCAACCCGGCCAACAUACCGCUCGCCUUCAGAAACUCAUCCAAGCAACCUCCAGCCGACGCGUCAUUGGAAGACCUUGUGGCUAAAGGUCAUUUCCGAGCGGCUGCCAUCGCUGCUGUGCAAGAACUCACGGCCACGGGCGGGGCGGUGCGAGGUAGUGUUGACCCCUCAGACCAUCAUAGAAUAUUCAGCCUGCUAUACACGCGGCUGGCGUGCCUGACGCUCAUCGACGCAACGUCGAUAGCGGCGCAGGAGGUCAGGGCACUCGAAGACCUCAACGCCAGCAUCUACAUUGACGAGACCACCGGCGAACACCUCGUGCCUUGGGAGCUGCGGGUCCUCAACGUGCGGCUGCAGGCACUCGGGUUCAACGACCCGCGGAGGUCUGUAAUGAGCUAUCACGAUCUGGCGAGGGAAGCGCGAGAGCAGAUCAUCAAGGCGAAGACCCGGCACGACAACUCGGCACGGGAGCUUUGGAAGGCACGGCUGACAGACCUGGGCAUCAACGUUGCUGGCGCCCUAAUCGAGAUGGACGAUCUGGCCGGCGCUGCGCAUCACUUGAAGACGCUUAAGGACCACGGCGACGGCAAGAUGGCGCUGUCCCGAGCGCUUCUCUGGCUGCACCUCGGUGAUACGGAGGCCGCACGUAGCUGUGUUCAGGAUUUAGGAGAGGACGGAAAGCAUGCUGAGGGCGUCGUAACCGCACUUUGCCAUAUGGCCGACGGCGAAUACGACACAGCACUGCAAUCCUGGAAGGUACUGAAGGGGGAGUUGGAUGAUGAGAUGGUCGGGGUCAACCUCGCAGUGUGCCUCCUUUACACUGGCAAGCUCACGGAGGCCCGGUCCAUAUUCGAGGACAUGGUGAGCACUGGCUACUCGUCACACACCCUUCUCUUCAACCUCAGCACGACGUACGAGCUCUGCACCGAGCGGAACCGCAAUCUCAAGCUGAGACUCAUUGACAAGGUUGCCGACCUGGACGAGACACCGCGGGGCUGGGAAAAGAACAAUGCCGACUUCAAGCUGUAG